GUCCUUUCAGUUGCUGCUGCUAUUGCAUGACUCGAGUGAGACCCUCAAAAGACUUCCUAUGAGUUUCGCAGUUUGGUGAGCUGCACUUUGUUACCAAGAUUCAGACGAGCUGCAACGAGAUGCAUUUCCAGAUCAUAUUGCUAUGCAUAUGCUUAAUGUGUCUUGCUUGCUCAAACGCCAUACAAUGUGACUCUUGUGGCAAGGAGUGCUCCAAUGCCUGUGGCACCAAACAUUUUCGAACCUGUUGUUUUAACUAUCUUCGCAAACGUACCGAUCCCGCUGCACUGCGUCUCAGCUCGAAUAAGCGACUCAUUGACUUUAUAUUGCUGCAAGGACGCGCGCUCUUCACGCAGGAGCUGCGCGAACGCCGCCACAAUGGCACUCUCAUUGACCUGGACAUGAGCACCUACUACGGCUGAACGAAAACGUAUAUUCCAAUCCGACCCAACGACGACGGCACAAUGACGGCAAUUAGGACUACAAUGGAAAUGAUUGAAGUGUUAAUUUUUCAAUAAAAAGGCGUAAAACUCUUUGGGGCAAGUGCUUUAUAAAGCAGUUCA